CUAUUGUUUUUCAUUGGCGCGCUAACAUCAUUAUUUGAUUUUUAUUUUCUGCACAAACAGUAGUACUUACGGCUAACCAAGUCUAAAUUUUUCCCCCCCUCUCCUCCCAAGGAGUUACAGCUCCCUAGGCUGAAAACGACGUGCAUUCCGUGCACAGCUCUUUCAGGGGCCUUCGCGACGCGCAGGCAAACGUGCUCUGCUGGGAGCCGCUCUGCAGCGGCCGCGGCCGCAUGCCGGGCGGGGACCGGGGCGCCGGGCUGGGCGGCGGGCAGGAAGCCCCCGAGUGGGCGCCAGGGGCGGGGUGCGGGCAGGAGGCUCCCCCGGCGCCUGCCCCGAGCCCCGGACCCUUCCCCGCGCGCGCGCGCGCGCGGCGGCCGGGGCGCUAUUGUUCUGCAGCGUCACCGCGGGCCGAGCCCGGAGCCCGGCAUCCGGCGGCCGCGCUCGGGAGCCCGUGUAAAAUGGCCCUCACGCCGCCUUUUCCGGGCUGCGGGGGCGGGAGGGACCGCGGAGACGGGCCUGGCCUGGCAGCCAAUCCGCGGCCGCCGCCGCCAGCGCAAAGUUGUUACCCCCGGCCGCCGCCGCCGCCGCCGCCGCCGCCGCCUCCCGGUCAUCUCCGGCCGGAUCGCUCCGAUUUCCCCCAAACGCCCACGGAUCCCGGGGAGCUCCCCCUCCAGACCGCGAUCAUGGAAGAAAGUCGGACUUCUCGUUUGCCACAUAUUCCGAAGAUGUUCGGGGAUCCAUAUGCUGCCUGCAGGCUGCUGCUGGUGGGGACUCAAGUAUCCAGUCUAUAUUGUUACAAUUAUUUCUCCAGAACUGGCUUCUUUGCCUUCCACUCAUGGUUGCCCUCUCCCAUGAAGACCCAAUUCUUCUACCAUCUCAUCCCCGUUACCAGUUGGAACAUCAGUCGUCCUCAGAGCCAUAUCACAUGCCGUCUCCCCAUCAAGUCUGAUCCACCCACCUGGAGCUGACUGCUUUCUUUCUCAACUCCGAGCAGGCAUGUCACCAUCCUGCCUUGUCCUGGUCACUUUAUUAACUGGGGAUUCCUUUAUCGGUAUUUUAUUUGUAUCCCCUACAAUGAUGCUCCUGCGUGUUGCCUAGUUAUUCAGUAACUGUGACAUGAAUCAAAACUAUUUGAAAUACUGCUGGUCCCAUCCCAACCAAAAGUUUCCCUUUGAGGAAAGGUGUGCAGCUUUACACACUGAGAAUUUCACGUCACCCUGGUUGGGGAUACUUAGGAAAAAGAGGGAACUUUAAGUUGGGAAAAGAAAAAGUGAAAGACGGUGCAGGAUUAACCAUUUUUGCAAGGGGCCUGAGGGAAGCUCAACUGGAGCCUUCAUUGCUACACUUCUGCCCCACAGGAGGGAGGGACGUGAACUGAAUGUAAGAGGCUUGGGACUCCAGCCUUCGCAUCUUUGGGAAGCAAAUAGGACCUGCAGGUCAGAAAUCCAGGGCACUGAGAUGGAUGGGGAACCAGUGCAGAAAGGAAGUAUCUCCUGGCAGGUACCUCACCUGCAAAAGGCAAGCUUAAUGUGUAAGCAUCUCUCUGAACCCGCCAUGGAGGGUGAGUCUAGAAUUUCUGGAAAACAAGGAACCUGGUUGUAUAGUGCCCAUUCUUACUAGUAUGGGAUAUGGAAAACAUUAUCUGUAGGCUGUUAUUUUAAUGAAGGCUUAAGAAAAUAUAUAUAUAUAUAUUCAUUUUCUUGGUGGUUCCCUCAUGACCUAAGACUGAAUUUUAGUUUGUAGGCUCUUCAAUCAACCAAAUUCUACUACUAGGAUUUUCAGAAAUCUAAUGCAGUAGGCUGGGGAGGACUGUUGUACUAAAGUUCAUCCCGUAUUUUCAGAACUGUUACACUUGGCUAAGCAGAUGUCACGGUCCACAGUGUGGUGGUCAUUCUUGAGGAUCUCGGAAUAUGAGACACUGUCAGGGGUCUGAGCCUUUGCACACGCUGCUUCUCUGGCCCAAGAUACGUUUCUUCCCUUUAUCGUUGGCAAGGUUAACCCGUAUUUACCCUGUGUGGCUUUUACUCCGAUAUCAUCUCCUCCAAAAAGCCUUCCCUGAGUGCUUUCAUUAGAGCCACUCCCCACGGAUCAGGUGCCACUCCUGCGUGGUCCCAAAUAGCCCUGAGCUUUCAGUUACCACCCACGGGUCCUGCUCCCACUGUGUCAGCUCCUCCAGGAGUGCCCCUGGGUGCUAAGUAAUUAACAUUCUUAGAGGGCUCUGAGGUCUCAAUGAAUGUUUGCUCACUGAAUGAACAAAUGCAUCAUCGCCCUGAUACGGGAGACAUAGAUGACAGUCCAUCUGCCCCACAGAGGGGCGUUGUCACUGUGAAGUUUCAGGAUCGUUCUGGAGAACUGCAGUCCGUGUUCUCCUUGUCUCCUCUCCACCCGGUAGAGUGGUAGCCAAACCAGCCUGAAAGAUAGCAGUUGGCCUCUAUGCCUUCAGCUAAUAACAGUUCCUGUCCAACCCAGUAUUUAAGAAUAGUGAUUAUUUUUACUAUGUAUUCCCCACGGAGAAAAGCAGACGUACAAAACGUUUGUAUCUUGGCGAAUGUUUGAAAUUUUGCUGCCAAAUCUGUUAAACCCACCCCAACAAGUCUGAUUUUUAAAAUAUUUUACUGGAAAGAGCUCUCUGGAUACUCAUUUUUGUGUGUAAUAUAAACCAAAUGUCAACAAUCACAUCCAUCAACAUCUCUUCUAACGAUACAGAUUUUCGCUUAAAAAAAUUCUUUUGGUUUGGCAGGAGCACUAUGGGUCUUCAUAAAAUUCAGUUUCAUAGUCUUCCGUAGAACAAAUGAUAAAUGUCAACCCUUG